AUGACGCAAGAUCACCGAAGUUUUUGGCAGAAGCUCCAUAGGAAGGAUCAGUUCCUAUUUAAGCCAGUUUCAUUGCGCAGAGGUAAUUCUGAUUCUGUCAAGAUCACCAAAGCAACUCCACAGAAGAGUCCAGGCGUUGAAUCCGCCAGCAUUAAAGCAAAACUGAAAUUGAAUCUGAAGAAAACUCAAGACUCGUCUGACGAGGAUGUGAAACAGAAUGUUCACAGAAGUUUCGCCCGCUCUUUUUAUGCUUUAGAUAGUAAUCAGUGCCGUGAUGACGCUGGCUUUACGGAUUGCCAUGAAACAGCUGCAGUGAACCCUCUGUACGAAGCUGCGUUAAACGUUCCAUAUCCUCUAUCAAGGAAAAUGGACUACAAAUGGAACUUGGCGCGGGUCGAAUUACCAGAAGAAAAAAGUUUUCGUCAAGGUUGGCGCCGCCGUAGUUCCAAAAGUUUUGCCUUACAGCCGUUGAUGCCAAUAUCCGUCUUCACCGGUUCCAACGCUGUGUACCGUGAGCCGUGCGAACAGAUCAGCACUGAGUUUUCGCGGGAAUCAGACAGCAUUGAAGCUAAAGGAGCGCAGUACCUGAAAGGCAGAGGCCGUCUAAAGCGGCACACCCUGCCCUCAAACGUAGCCGACGUUUCGUUGAACAAUGCUUACGUCGCAUGCCCCCGCAGGAAUUCGAAUUCGUUCGGACAGUGGUCACAGCUGGGAAGCAGUAAACGGUUCUUCAGUCCAUACCCUACUUCUGUAAGUCACGGAGUGGUCGGCGGUGAUAAUUUGGCCAUUAACAUGGCCAGUCUCCAUCGACUCGAACAACUUUACACCAAAGCCCUUAAAAUCCCACAGGUGGUUGAAACCGUUCCACUUCUUUCCACUGAAUGUGAAUUUCCGUCGCUGCUCAUCGAAGGAAAGGUUUCCGUCGAAAAACAGUUGAAGCAUACGAAUUUGUUGGGCGUUGGCGAUGCAGAUGUGUUGCAGAGAAAGUCACCAUCCACUCAAAGUCUCCAUACAGUAUCUGAAACCGAAGCUGAUACGCUUGGUACUGCAGAGAUGGUCACUGAACCUGAUUCCAAACCCGAAGUCCAUGCUGAUUUUACUUUCAAAUCACCUCCAAUCAUAGAUUUAAACGUCAGCAUAUGGUGCAGCACCUAUGAGCAGCAGGCCAGCACUUCAGGGAUGCACUUUAGUACUCCCAUUGGCAAACAGUCUUUUGAUGUGGCCAACAAACUGGACAAAAAUUUUCAGCUUUGUUUUGGGCAGUACUAUGCUCAUAUUCCUGAGACGUCUUUGCCAGUGUCAUGCUCACCAUAUUUCGUCUAUGGGUCGAUGAACCAUCUGGUGGAAAAGUUAAAGGCUGCCCUCGACCAUAUGGGAGUCGGUUAUGAGAAACACUCAGGACCGUUGAGUGAUGACAGUCACCCGCUGUACCGGGUUCAUCAUAUAUCGCUGCAAAACAAUGAAAACGUAUGUCUGAACGUAGGUUUCUCUCCAAGCGCAAUCUCCAAUUUUGGGGUGAAUGUGGACUUCUCAUAUGUCGAAGGUUACUACAGGAGUUACGAGGCGCUCUGCUGGCAAUUGUUGAACGAGUUAAAGUUACAGGAGAUGGAAGCAAAAGACGCCGUCGUUUAUAGCGAAAAGCAGAAGCUGCGGCGAACGGCACGUAGUUUGGUUCAUCAAUGGGAGAUGGUCGUAUGCCAGUACCUUAAUGAGCGAACUAGGCGGCCUGAUCACUCACCGCCAGAAAGAUUAAAUCAGGAGCCGGAAGGGCCGCGCUUGGAGGAAGAACGCUCGAAAUUCCGAACAACAGCCUCGCUGAUUCGUCGCUGA